AUGAGCGACACGACGCUCCCGAGAUUGCAGGUUGCUGCUGGAUUUCGACUCCGGAGAACCCAUGAGAAAUCCCGGAAUGGUUGUGUCCGAUGUAAGCAACAGCGGAAGAAGUGCGAUGAGUUGAGACCGAGAUGCUCCCGAUGUACCAAGCGCAUGUAUAGAUGUCGAUAUCCCAGUCAUGACAACAAUGUGUCGGAGCAAGAAUCGACCCACUCGCCAGUUCCUGAUUCGCAUGCGCCCCCUAAAAGCGUGAGCACGAUUGUUCCCGGCCUGGGAUCACCGUCCGCACGUUCGAGUGAUCGCCUUUCGGUUCCCAGUCCUCCGUCUAGUGGACAACCUACGACGUCUGCCAGACUGAGUACAGAUGAAGAAAGAGUAGAGGUGGAUCCAGAGUUCCCCGGGACUCUCGACGCGACCGAGCUCGGUCUCUUAGCCCAUUAUAUCACGCACACGAGCCAAACGAUACCUUGCGACGAUCUCGACCUUUACGCUCUGUCGGUAGGCGUGCCAAAUCUGGCCUUCCAUUCGAAGGCGGUCCUGUCAUCCCUGCUCGCCUUGGCAGCAGCAUGCAAGUCACACGAUAUCGCUAAGCGAGCCCAGACGCUUCUGGACCACCAGAGCCUCAUGGAGAUCGGAGAGCUCCUUGCGCUGGCGGAGCGCCACCAUAGGGCCUCCCUUCGCCACAUCCAAGCGGCCAUGCGCAAUUCAGACUCGUACGAUUUUGUCCUCGCAAAUGCGGCAUUAAUGGUAUUGUAUGCCUCGGCCAGUCACUCCAUCCGUGUACAUCUGGCGGCCACCGCAAAACAGUGUGGGCAGCGGCUACCCGAUGAGUUGCUUCCGCAACACUCACAGUGGAUCUCCUUUACUCGCGCCGCUCAUACGGCGUCCACUGCUGUUCUGAACGACAUUGCCGGUCCUGUGGACAAAGUUCAGAGUGCCGUUUCCAGCCCGGCUAUAGAUACUGCACCAAAUGUACCGACCCCGGUCUUCGGUAGCACCGCUGUCUUAUCACCGCAGGAUGGCCCAUCACACACUACGAAACGUCUAUUUCUCCCUCUAGUUGCAUCUACAUAUACUCGAGCUUUUGAGGGCCUACGCCGGAGAGCGGAAUCUACAGCGGCCCAUUUAAAGCGAUCAGAGCCUUCUGCUUGCAAUGAUCUACAACUCGACGUAUCGUUGGAAACCGUGUCGGUGCUGGAACAAUGUGCAUUCCUGGCUCUAUCGACAAGAGAAGGCAAGGAAGGCGUCGAGGUGCCCAGCAAUCAGGCGCUAUCAUCUGCUGGAUUCUCUAGAGUCUCACCGUGGGUAGCCAGAUACAUGAUCAGUGUGACCUCAAUGGAAUCGCCACGGGUACUGCGACGGAUCAUCAUGUCGUUUUUGAAUAAAGCACCAGCUGAUUUUCUGAAUCUCGUCCGGUUGGUGCUCGACUCUCCCUCCGUGGAGGCAAGCGCUCAGCGUUGGAUGAUACAGGAUUCGCCCGGAGCUGAGGUACCGUCGCUCAGUGCGACGCACUUACUCGCUAUGGAUAUCUUUGCUCAUUGGCUGGUUCUUGUCAUGUUGUUGGAUGGGGUGUGGUGGAUUGGUGAUAUUGGACAGUGGGAGCUAAGUCAGAUUAUGUCCUGGAUGAAGACUCAGAAUCUGCUGGGCUGGUCGGUAGAUACUGGAGAAACGUGGUGGCCUGAGAGUAUGUACUUGGUUAAGCGGGAGCUCACGUCCAAUGUCCAGCAGUGA